AUGAGCCUAUUUCUGCGUACAGUGGCCAGAACUGGUGCUACGCAAUGGAUGCGGGCAUCCCUAUCCACGUCCUCGAUCGUAUACAAGGAUCCAAAGGCGCAAAAGGAAGCUCCAAUACUGGAUGCGUGCGUUAUCCUUGCCGGUGAAGAGGAACGGGCCCGUGAUAACCUUUCAACCAUCACUGUUCCCACGAAGGUUGAUAUUAGCCCCAUCACUGGAGUGCCGGAAGAGCACGUGAAGGAACGUCGUGUACGUAUCUUCAUGCCGGCCAAGAAUGCUAUGCAAAGUGGAACGGAUAACAUUCAACAUUGGAGCAUUGAGUUCGAUAACCGCGAACGCUGGGAGAAUCCAUUGAUGGGAUGGUCUUCAUCUGGCGACCCAUUGUCGAACAUGCGGGUCGAAUUCACCACCGCAGAUGAGGCGAUCGCGCAUUGCGAAAAGAACGGAUGGAGAUGGUUCGUAGACAAGGUCGAAGUUCAAAAGAAGCAGCGUGUGAAGAACUACGGCAUCAACUUUUCGUGGAACAAACGUACCCGUGUAUCGACCAAGUGA